AAGUACUUCUCCUCCAACCAUAACAGAAGAGAACCCAAAAGAAGCUGCAGAGCAAGAACCCUCGAAAUGGGUCUGAAAAUCGCUGGAGAAAUAGAGAGAGUGAACGGGAAGGACCUGAGCUACAGUGAAUUUGUAGAGCGAUACCUGGUGAAGAAUCAGCCGGUGGUUCUGACGGGACUCAUGGACGGUUGGCGGGCGUGCAAAGAUUGGGUCCUCGACAACGGCCGCCCCAAUCUCCGCUUCUUCUCUACCCAUUUUGGUAAUUCCAGAGUUCAGGUUGCAGACUGUUCUACUCGAGAGUUCACUGACCAGAGGAGAGUAGAAAUGUCAGUUUCAGAGUUCAUUGACUACUGGCUUGAAUUUUCUUAUAAGGGGUUUGAUGGUGCUUCAACUUGUGGUUUUGAUGGCAAGUCACCAUUGUAUUUGAAGGACUGGCAUUUUGUAAAGGAGUAUCCAGACUAUUUAGCGUACACAACUCCGCUCUUUUUCAGUGAUGACUGGCUGAAUUUUUAUCUUGAUACAUUCCGCAUGCACACCAAACCUGAUAUUGACCAAGAGAAAAAUGAAAUAGCUUGUUCUGACUAUCGUUUUGUUUACAUGGGAGCAAAAGGAACAUGGACUCCUCUACAUGCUGAUGUUUUCCGGUCCUAUAGCUGGUCAGCAAAUGUGUGUGGCAAGAAACAAUGGUAUUUUCUAUCUCCUAUUCAAUGUCACCUUGUGCAUGACAGGAGUAUGAAACAUUCUGUAUAUGACAUCUUUGAGGAUGUUAGUGGAGUAAAGUUCCCUGGUUUUGACAAGGCCAUUUGGUUGGAAUGCACUCAAGAACAAGAUGAGAUAAUCUUUGUUCCUAGUGGAUGGUACCAUCAAGUUCAUAAUCUGGAAGAUACAAUUUCAAUUAAUCACAACUGGUUCAAUGCCUAUAAUUUGCCCUUUGUGUGGGAUUUGCUUUUGAGAGACUAUAAGGAUGCUAAGGAGUACAUUGAAGACAUCAAAGAUAUAUGUGAUGAUUUUGAGGGACUUUGCCAGCGCAAUCUUGCUGCUAACACAGGGAUGAAUUUCCAUGACUUCUUCAUCUUCUUGGUGCGUUUCUCCUUGGCCAACUCACUUCAACUUUCCCUUCUGUCGAGGGGAUAUAAAAAUUCCACCUGGAGUUCUUCAAGGAGAGUACAGCAUAUAGUUUUCAACCUUAAAACUGUACGGGACACUGCAGUAAAGAUGAAAUCUAUGGUUCUGGCAGGAAAUUGUGGUGUCUCAAUUGUUUUGAAUGAAAGCUUGGAGGAUUCUACAUUCCUUGAACUGUGCACGGUUUUAGGAAGAACAUACCAGAUGCUACACGAACCAUAUGAAUUUAACAUUACAACAGAAGUCUUACUGGAUGAUUUAUUGGACUUGGAUCUUAUUGAAUCUUUUUCUCGUGUUUGUAGUCCUGAAGAUCUAGUGAGAGUAAUAGACCAGGUUUUACAAAGCUCAGUUCCAUUGGCUGCGGGGAAUGGCUCCGUUAGAUGAAUUGGAUAAUGGUGGAAACUGGCAACUAAGAAUACUGAGGGGAUCCUGGCAAUUAAGUUUCUAUAAACCCCUAAAAGGUGCAGUGGCCUUCAUCUGUAUGGUUCCAGAACACAAAUUAUUAUUUUGCAAGUCCAUAACAUGCGCAGCUUCACAAAAGAUGAAGAACACUGAUAUAUCUUACCCCUGGAGGGAAUCUCUUAACAUGCAAAAACAUUCAAUCAUUCAGGUUGCCCAACGACAUAGAGCUGCUGGAGAAUCUCGAUGAAUCUGAAGCUGUAUUUGCCGUUUCAUCUGGUUAUCACUCAUCCGUCAAGAAUGAAAAUCAAGCUCGGGCAUAUCCUUUUACUUCCAAGAUUACAGGUCUUGAGAUAAUAGAGCAAGUCAUUUUUUCAUCUUUUGAUAACUUAACAUUUCUUUUGUAAUGAAAGUACUACUAAUAAAUAAAGGUUGAACCUCAUUUGAUGUUCCCUGUUUUUAA